AUUAUCUUCAAUUGGCAAGGGCAUAAACAAAACUUCAUUAGUAAUGAUGUGUUGAGAUCAACGUUGAUGUGUCAGUUGUAAACUUUUUGAUAGAAUUUAGUGGAUAACUAAUCAGAAAAAAAUGAAGCCAAAACUAGCCGCAUUAUGGAUUAUUUUAAUAUCGUGCACUGCGAUGAAGAUGGAAGACGAGCAAAACUUUCUUGGAGGUGCACUACGUUAUAGUCUAACUGAUGCACCAAAUGGGAAAAUUUUCGGUGAAGUUCACAUUAUCAAACCAACCAUUUCAAAUGGAAGCAUGAUUCUUUGCAGCGAACACAAUCACGUUGCGCACGAUUGCAUGUUUGAUAUAUAUAUAACUUAUAUAUCUGGCGUCAACAACUUAAAGGUUAGCAAUUCAUCUUCUGCUGACCUUGGUCAAAGCGUAAACUGCACCACAUUCAGAGAGUCGUCACUGUUUCAUGAUAUAACGUCAAUGUAUUUCAUGCGUUGUUACUUAAAUGGCGCUAUUCCUCAGAAGGACGCACACUAUGUGUGUUUAACGGUAGAAGCUGGUAAACACGCUCAUGAUACAGUGUGUUAUGAAUUUGAAUUCGUGCCAUAUCAGGUAUGCAUACCGUUUUUCAUGAACUCUUUUCGGCCACUAAUUAAAUUGCGUCCCAAUAAGGAAAUUUUAAAUCUUUAUCCUACUAGCAAUUAUUAAGGCAAAACAUACGAAAACUCUAUUUGUUUCCCCUACCUUACCGACCCGCCCAAAUUGCUGAGAACCCAAUAUUCAUCAUUCGGAGGUUGUGAAAUGUUUGCUUCUGGUUGAACGCCAUGUUUACAAAUAAACCACAAAGUUGUCCCCGUCGCAUGUUUGCCACACAGUUAAGCAAUUGUAACCAAGGCUGCGGAAUACGCCAGUUACAUGUCGGCGAAGGAAAGCAUUGAACACUAGAAAUAUUUUUGUCGAAGGAAACAUUUGGUUUCCGUACUAGUUGAUAUUUAACGUAAUUUUAUGCUAAAUAUAAAUUCAUUCCAAUACCAUGCGGCUCAUUGUUAAAAAUUUACUCUUAACAUUAAACAUGAACAUAAUUAUAUAAUGAACAUAUAAUAACCAAACAAUGAUGAAAUUACCCAUAUAGUCGCAAGUUUUGUAAACCAUCUAUUAAACAAUAUCAAUUCAUAACUUUGUAUUUAUAUGUAUAUCUACGUGUGAAACAACAUUAAUUUGUAUGUAUAUGCAUAUCUAAUCAAAUGAUUUGUAUGUAUAUUUAUAUCUAAUAAAAUGGAUAAUAAAUAAGGAUAAAAGUAGUAACAAGGCAACUAUGUGAUUGUAUAUAGUGUGUGUAUUUAGUGUAUUUUUGGGCCGGUGGUCUGUAUUCACUUAAAUAAAAUUGAUAUGUUGAGGUAUCGGCUGUAGUUUCUGUCAUAUACUCAGACCUAAAAUGUUCGUAUUGUAUCAUCAUCGAACGUAAACUAAUGUUGGGGAAUGUAAAUCAGCAUAAGUGGUCGGAGGAUAAAAUUAAUUUAUACUUACAUGUUUGUUACAUAAUGAAGUAAAAGAAAAUCACGUAAACUGUGCGGAAUUAAUACUGUGAUUUGUUAUCUGUAUCUUCAUUGUUAAAAUAAUAAAAUACUUAAUCAUACUUUCGGUGUCGAAGUUACUAAAUAUAAAGAAAAUUAAUAAAUAUUCUACUUUGGUUGAUGUUUUAUUCAUAAAUAGAUAUAUAUUCAAUCUAGAGCUACCUUAUUUAAAUUGUAUUAUUAUAUAGUUUACAAAAAGUAUAUUUUAAAUUCAGUUAAAAGAACAUAUGAAUAGUGGUUAAGCAUAAAAUGAACAUACUUGUAUUUUACUUGCAGUAAAUCUUCAAGUCGAAUUGUUUCGCUAUCUACCUCUACAACCUUAUGGUGCAUGGUUCGGGAAAGGGAAACACACAUAGUUUUAUGUUUUCCUCAUGGAUCAUAAUUAUGAUGGAUUAUGUUAACUUAACAUUGCAAUUUACGUUUUAAUAUUUCAUUCACAUGUUCGAGUUUAAGCUUCUGACUUUUUCCAACGGAAUUACAUUUGUUAUUAACGCCAAUCAGUUAAAAUAUUAUGCAAAUGCUUCGCUUUUAAUAGUGAUAUGUAUUUUGUUAAAUAAUGUGUUACAAAUUUAUAGCAGAUUUUCGAAACCUCGAAAGAAGUAUUCAUUCCAAACUCUAUGGAGAUGUGAGAUAUAUGGAAUUAACCAGAUAAUCAUAUAUACCUGGUUUUGCUAAUUUGUUGUAUUAGGUUUUUAUGGUUUGCUUUAAAAAGACUAGGAAAAAAAGACAAGCCCCACUCACAUCUUUUGUGCCACCAACACCUCUGACAAGAAGCAGGUUUCCAGUAACUGUAAACGAGAGCAUCACAAUCCUUUUGUUCACAACAAACAACGGCGUUUGCGAAAAGAUCCAAACAACAUCAUCGUUUAUGCACCUUUUGCAGCCUGUUAAUACAAACGAUUUCGAUGGAAAUUCCGUGUGCAUGACAGAGAUGGUUGUACAAUUUAAGGCAACAGGAAUCGAAGUUAUAGCACUUAAAUACGGCAAAGACGAGCGGUUCUAUACAUUCCUUGUCACUGGUGGUAAUGUAACAGGUCCCUGUGAGUCUCCCAACAUAUGUCAAAAUGAUGGAGUUUGUUUCGCACGUGCAGAAAAUAACCACACGUGUAUUUGUAGAAAAGACUAUAUCGGACCAUCGUGUGAAAGAGGGCCCUGUAGUAUCAACACAACUACCUGUCAAAAUGGAGGACACUGUUUUGUAAAUAAUAGCGUAACCACAUGCGUUUGCAAGCCAGGUUAUGACGGACAAAACUGCUCAAAAGAUAUAGUAGCUUACACAUUACACGAAAACACUUGGCCUGUAAUCGACAGAACAUCUGGUAUUGUAAGAAACAUAUCCUGCAUCGCCGGAAAAGAGUGUGAAGUAUAUGCAUUCGUCAUCUACAGUUCAAGACCGCAAGUUGCGCUUGGGUAUACGAGCAAAGGCAUCGAUGCGAGUGUUGAAAUCUUUGAAACAGAUUCAACGCGUGGACUAUAUCAAGUCAGAAUUGGUAUAGUAUCCAAGCUUGCUGUGAAACACACGUUGUGUUUGCAGACAUUUGAUAAUGAUCGAACUAACAAAGACGAAAUUUGUUUUGAUGUCUAUGUGACGAAAGAUAUGAAUGGCUACGUAUGGCCACAGGAUCAACCACAUUUCGUAUCACCAAGUCUUCAAGGCGAUUCCAUUGUUGAGUGUGUUACUGGUAAACAGUGUCGCGUUUCAUAUACAGCAACACCAGGGCAUGGAUAUGCAACUAAGUGCAUAUCAGCUUUCUUGUCAACAGAUGUACCUAUUAUUCCAUUUGAAUACGUCAUAUACUCGAACUGUGAAUUAUGCCAGGACGACAAAACGUCUAAUAAAAAAUGCACAUUCGACGUUGUUUUUGUUCCAACACCUUACAUCACAGAGGAAAAGAAAAUUUGUCUGACACUAACUUUGAGAGGAUUGCAAGUUCAAGGGGAAACCCGAUGUUUUAAAGUUGCGAAUCAUUUUUCAGGAGGAAUGGCAGGUUGUCGUAAAUUAGCAUGUCACAAUGGCGGUUUUUGUGAUAGCCGUUACGAGAACAAUCCAGUGUGCUUUUGUACAAAAGGUUAUACUGGACAAGCAUGCGAAACUUUAUUAAAUGAUUGUUAUCAGAAAUUUUUCGCAACCAACGACAUGAUUGCAGUCGAAGUAAAGUGUUCGACAAACAAAACGUGUUCAUAUCCUUACAACGUAUGCGGCAGCUCAAAUGUACAUAUAGGCUACUUUUCGGAGAAUCUUUAUAUAAACAUUCUGACUAACAACUUCACAAACGCUUCAAUGUGCAAAUGUUCCCAUGGAAGUGUUCAGAUAAUAUCAUCCACUCCGGGAUCCUAUCGAUUUUGCAUACAAGCAAAGUCCAGGCUUGGGUUAGUCGAAGACGAAAUAUGUCCUACUGUUCGUGUAUCAAAUGUGUCAAAUGAGUUAUCAGUAAAUAAGAACAAGCCACAUUUUGUACUGCCAACUUUACCUACCUUGUCCACAGUCAAAUGCAAACGAGGAGUGACUUGUCACAUUUUAGUUUUUCACACGGAGGGAUAUACUUCGCCUCAAUUAUGCCCCCAUGUGAAGGACACCAGUAUACAGCACUUUGAGAUGCAGCACAUAUUUACGUCGGAAAGAACAGCUGGUGUUUGCGUGACAGAUAUUGCAUUUCUUGUACCAGCCAACCAGGACUUUAAUGAACGUACAGCUUUUUGCUUGAAAGUAUCCAUUGAAAGCAAACAGGGAGAAGAGAGAUGUUAUAGUCUGCAGUUUGUGGACAACAUUUUUUCACACUUCGAAGGACCAUGCAAAGGGAUGGAAUGCUACGGGAACUCUCUCUGCAUAGCUAACUUAGCAAACAACACUGCUGAUUGCAGAUGUCAGGACGGUUACACGGGUACCAAUUGCAACAUAAAUAUAGAUGAGUGCAGGUCAAACCCGUGUUCAAACGGAGGAACCUGUAAAGACAUUAACAAAUACCAAUGUCAAUGUGCAAAUGGGUAUUUCGGCAACCACUGUCAAAUAGACAUCGAUUGCGACUUCGAUAACAACUCGUUUUGCGGGUGGAUGAAUGCCCAAACGGGGGAUAAUUUUGAUUGGAUACUUUAUCGUGGGCCAACACCGUCUGACGGAACAGGUCCAAAUGUUGACCACACGCUUGGGAACUCUAGUGGCACCUACGCAUUUAUCGAAACGAGUGCUCCAAGACAGUCUAAUCAGUCAGCCUGGCUACACAGUCCUCUAAUUACCCCAGACGGCGAGACGUAUUGCCUUUCAUUUUGGUACAACAUGUUUGGUCCAACAAUCGGAGAGCUCAACGUUUACAUUUCUGGAAAUACUGUUACUCUUCCAUGGAAAGUGUUAUGGUCACAAUCGAGAGAUCAGGGGCCUUCGUGGUUAAAUGCAAAGAUCGAAAUCAACGCUUCUGACCCUUUUAUGAUAACCUUCGAAGGAAAUGCUGGUGAUGGUUAUGAAGGCGACAUUGCCUUGGACGACAUCGCGCUGUCUGUAGGCCAUUGCGUCUCCUUGACAACAGUUUCGUACCAAACAACAACAGUUACCCGUAUGUCAGUACCUAAUACCUCAUUUACAACCAGUCCCCAUGGAAUGCACGGCACCGGUUGUUAUGGUAACCCAUGUAUUCGAGGUGUAUGCUACGUUCAUCUGGAUGAGUAUUUCUGUCUCUGCCCAUCGGGAUUCGAAGGUCUUAAUUGUCAGAUAGACGCGGAUGAGUGUAGAUCCCAGCCGUGUAAAAACGGCGGGACUUGUGAAGAUGACGUAGAUAACUUUGUGUGUCACUGUGUGCACGGAUACACUGGUAAACUAUGUGACACAGAGAUAGACGAGUGUGUAUCCCAGCCGUGUCAGCAUGGCGGUCAAUGCGUGGACGGUUUAAAUCAUUACACGUGUAUGUGCUUGGACGGAUUUGACGGGGAACACUGUCAGAAUGUUUUAGAUCCGUGUUACGACAGCCCGUGCAUGAGAGGGACCUGUUUUGCACAUUUGUCAUUGUUUUUGUGUGUUUGUCCACCUGGUUAUUCGGGAAAAUUCUGCGAAAAAGGUCAAGGCGCGUGUGAUUCACAUCCUUGUCAUAACGGUGCUACAUGCACACAGAACGCAACCUCGUUUAUGUGUACUUGCCCUCUCGGGUUUGAAGGAAGUCUAUGUCAAAAAGAUAUUGAUGAGUGUUCAAGUAAUCCGUGUCGUAACAAUGGGAUAUGUCACGACGAGGCGGGAGGCUUCAGGUGUGAAUGUCCACGUGGUUAUUCGGGACUCCAUUGUUCGAAUGGAAACGAAAGAAAGUGUUUUUCAUGCUCAGGACUUGGGACGAAUGUCACUUGUAAUCGUGUUACAACUUGUAAUUCAGAUGAGGUGUGUUACGUAGAAUUGAGUUCAACGUCAAACGCGCACAGUUUCAGCGUUGGUUGUCGACGCAAAGCGGAAUGCAUUAAUUCAACCUCUUAUAACUGCACACACUGCUGCGACAAGGACUAUUGUAAUGACGGAGGAUGUGGUCUUGCAGGAUACCCAUCUAGACAUCAAAGGGGACCUAUAUGUUUCGAUUGCGACGACAUGGCAGACAUGUCUUUCUGUACGCAGGUGACAGUGUGUGCUCAUAAUCAGAAAUGUACCACGUAUGGAAGUCCAUUUACUGGUUAUGACGGCAAGUGUAUCACCCAGAACACCCAGUGCGGAUUUACGGGUGGAAAUGAAUUCUGCCAGUCCUGUUGCUCGGAUGAUUUUUGCAACUACAAUUGCACGGAUUCAUACGCAAGGACGACCGUGAAGCCAUGAGUAUUUCAGAUUUUUUUUUUCACUACAGAUGUAAUGGAUAUGUGUAAGAAGUCUUUACCAUUUGUUAAUGAAAACAUUGCGCGAAUUUUCUGAAGUGUCUAACACUUCAUAAAUGCGUCAUUCAUUUCGUGUUUAUUCCAAUGGAGCACAGGAAGGAACUUUACUUUGCACUAUACCGUAAAUGUAUGUUUCGUCAAAUUGUGUGAUGUAUAUAUAUUGAUGACUAGUAUAAGAACCGAAUAUUAAUAUAUUAUUCCAGAAAAUAUUUAAACAGACAGUGUUACACGAUGCAUGUAUGUUGUUUCAAAAGUAACAUGUUAACGCUGUUUUAUUUAACGUGUACAUACAAUGUUCAAUCUUAGUCCCUUCUUAUUUGAAACAUUACAUAUUCACUUGCAAUGAUCUAAGUCUUCAAAUAUAUGUGUUUGGGUAUGUUAAUUUUUGAAUUUAGCACAAUACAGAUGAUACACAUUAGGGAUUCUUGCAAAACAUAUGUAAGAAUUGGAAAGGAUUAAGUCAUGUCUGGUAUACUUUAGUAAAUUGAUUAUAUUUGAUAUAUAUACAUUUAUACAUAUAUAUUUAUAUAUUCAUAUAAAUAAAUAUAUAUAUAUAUAUAUAUAUAUAUAUAUAUAUAUAUAUAUAUAUAUAUAUAUAUAUAUAUAUAUAUAUAUAUAUAUAUAUAUAUAUAAUGAAGAGUUAAUUUAAAAUGUAACUGCUCAACUAGCAUAAGUUCGUAACAGACGUAUUGUCAUUAUCACAGACUUGGUUAAUUGCUUCAUCAAAAUUACCCGAAAUAAGAAAAUACUAUUAAAAAAUACCGUGUAAUAAAAAAUUAUAAAAAGAUCCCCGUGGUUGAAAUACAUGUCCGAGUCGAAACAAGAGAAAACGCAUAAAACAUGUUGAUUUUUGUUUUAAAUCUGUAUCAGAGUUUGUAUUAGUUUAUUGAGCAUCUAUGAGUAAAACAGUUUAGCAAUGAAAAGUUAAUUCAAAGGCUUUUACGAAAAUUAAGUCAAGUAUACAGUAGACGUGUCGAAACCAUGGACCAAUUCGACGAAGAUACGUGUGUGCGUACAAACUUUUAAUUCAGUGGUGGGUAUUUGGGUAUAAGCUAUAGGUGUUGAAGCCCACACAAUUAUGUACUGUUACUAUUAAUACAAAACAAUUAUUUUCUUUAAUCUUCAUAAAAAGGAGCUUAAGUAUACAUGGAUGAGGUUUAAAAAUUCAGGAAAAUUGCCUGCCCAAAAUUGUUUUAAGAACAUAUUAUGUUAAAAAAGACCUCAAGUAAAUAUAUUUAAAUAUUCUGUUAAUUAAAAUAGAUUGGUGAUAUGGAUAAAUAUUUUAGAGACAAAAUAUGACUCUAUAGAGUUACAUACGGCUAGUACAUAUAAGCAUAUGAAUAAUUUGGAAAACAGUUUUCAGAAAAUAAAGUGUUGCAAAUGGCAACAUAUAGGGCCAAUGGCAACAUAUAACCGAAUAAAUUAGCGUAUAGUUUUUAUAUCUGAUACAAACACAUAUAUGUUGACAUUCUCAUGUUUUUCAUCCUUUUCUUUGGUAAAAACACUAGCAAAUAUCUUUGCUAGAACCUCCGCUUUUCAUGUAAUUAUUUGCUAAAUAUUUCCCCAACACAAAAAUUAUAAAGCUCUGAUAUUCCACAAUGUGUCUUCCUUACAUAGUUUAUAUAUGCCCAGCAGUUCGUGAAGUAAGAUGUUUGCGUCUCAGCUUUUUCAUUUUUAAAUGUUUUGCGCUCCUUUGACAUGUUUGCUUUCACGUGUUGCUUACUCUUGUACAUAGUGUAUAAUUUCUCCGAAAUUGUGCUUCAUGUACCUGUCCCAUGCUCGAUGUUUUGUGUACAUUUCUUUCUUGUUUCGUCUCUUAGUUGUGCAUUGUUUUGCUGACACUGCUCUUAUUUUUUGUUUAUAAUUUUUCAUUUCACUAUUAAGUUCGGUCAUUUCAUUAGUGUCUUUAUUCUUAAUGAUUUCUGUUCAAUCCAUAGUCAGUCAUUCGUUUAAUUACCCACAGUAAGCUUUAUAAUAAUUUAAUUUGUCAUGACGAUAUAAUCACUAUGCCUCAAAGGGUCCUUGUAAGGGUCCUUGUAAUUAACGUUUUAUACAUUGUUUGUAUUACUUGUAAGUAUCAUACCGUUUUAUAGAUUGUUUGUAUUACUUGUAAGUAUCAGUAAGUUCCAGUCCAAUACGGAAUCUAGAGGGAUUCUAAAUCUGUUCACAACAGCAGUAUGUUAUGCAUUCUAUAACGUUUGCACUUACUAUAUUUCUUGGUAUUGUCAUCUCACAAUAACAUCUUGGAACAAUAAAGUCUCCUGUAAUCAG